AGUCUCUCUGGUCGAUCAUUACCCUGCCUAGCAUAGCAGAGAGCAGUCAGCCAGUCGUGUCUCUAUCCGAGGCCGGAUGGUAAAAUCCAACCUCCAGCGGAUCCUAAACAGUCAUUGCUUUGCUCGCGAGAAAGAAGGAAAACAGCUGCCCUUUACUACCAUGGCGAAUUUAAGUAGCGGUAUCUGUGACAUGAUUGGGAACUUGUCCCUGCACUGUAGUAGUACCCGCGGCCCAGGGCCUCUGUGGUGCUCCGAUGCCCCUCUCCCACCCCUGAAGAUCCCAGGUGGGCGAGGGAAUGGCACACGGGAUCACGCUCCUUCAGCUCGGCCGCUCUACUCAGAUCGGAAAUUGACAGUAACAGAAGAGCCUGCAGGGAAUGGUCGCCCUAGGAUACUCCACUUCCAAAGCCAUCCCACAGCCACAAAGACGAUACAGUGGGAUGCUGUCCUGAGCAGCAGUGCACUCUAUGUGGAGGUACCUCUUGACCCGCUUCCAGAAGGCAGCAAAGAGAGUUUUACGGCUCUCCUGGAGUAUGCUGAAGAACAUCUGAAAGUUCUUAGCGUGUUUGUCUGCUUUUACAAGAACAGAGAUGAUCGUGCUAAACUGGUGCGUACCUUCAGUUUCCUGGGCUUUGAGAUUGUGAAACCGGGCCAUGCCCUCGUCCCUCCUCGACCCGACGUUUUCUUCAUGGCCUAUACUUUCGACAGGGACUCCUCAGACGAUGAGUAGUUCUCCAGACAUCUUCUCCUCCCACUGAUAUGUUUUCGUGCUCCUAUUAUCUUACAGUUCCAGCUUUAUUUACAUGCAUAGCUGUUUUGUGUUGAAUCCUGAGCUGUAGCUUUCUGUAUAAAAGUACUCACUUAUUUGUGAUCAAGGGAAUGUGUAAGCUGUGUAUUUUUGGUUUCCAGCAUCAAUAUAUGUAAGUUAAUCUUCAUAAAGAUUUUUGUCCUCUUAAAGUUCUUUGCAGUUUUAAUAGCUUGUCAACUCAUUUUAUUCUGACAGAUUUUAAGGUGGAUUUUUUUUUUUUCAUUUCUUGAAUGUACAACAAAAAAAAGGUCAUCAGGUUUACACUCGGGUACUCCAGUUUUCUUGUUAGGAUUGGCUAAAUUGUUUAUUUAAAAUUUCUAAAUAUUUUCUCUCCAGAUUGAAUAAACUCAUCAGUGGGACCAGCUUUCUUUUGUCACAGUAAUAUCCUUUGUAUUAAUCAGCCCCAAUAACUAGUACUUUCUAGCUGGAUAGUUAAACACUUUAUUCUAGAUGUGGAUUAAAACAAGUGAAAGCCAAUGCAUGUGUAUUCAAUAUACAAUUGAUUUAAUGACUGACGGUACUUGGUGAAACAGAAGUAAAUAAUCCAAAUAGCUUUUGGCUCCCUUCUUCCCCCCUUCUGCCACAUGUAUCGGCCAAUAUUGUAGAAUUUUGUUUUGAAGGUUGGAGAUAAAAUGCUGUGGUGUUACUGGAAUAGUUUCUCUUCUGGCAUUAGCAUUCCUUUAACUCUUUUCAUGAUAUUGAGUAUCUCCUGCAUAGUGGUACCUGUUGUGCUUCUGUGAUAAUAAAACAAUGAAAGCAUU